CUGUUGCUGCAUUGCAGCAUUUCGCUUACACAGAAACACUACCAAACUCAGAAUGGGAGCGCCGGUGAACUCAGCGGAGCCGCCGCCGCCGCAAGAUGCGGCGGCGGAGACCGUCGACGCUUUGCUAGAGGCUGCUAGGUAUGAUGAUAUAGACGAUCUCAUGAGUAUAGCAUCUGCUGGUGUUUCUCUGGAUUCGAAGGAUUCGGAAGGCCGCACAGCAUUACAUAUGGCUUCAGCAAAUGGGCAUCUUGACAUUGUUGAUUAUCUUAUACGAAAUGGGGCGGAUGUUAAUGCUUAUAACUUGGAGAAGAACACUCCUCUUCAUUGGGCAAGUCUCAAUGGCCACAUUGAGGUUGUGAAACGUCUGAUUCUCAGUGGAGCUGAUAUCUCGUCACUGAACAGCCAUGAGAAAAGUCCCGUUGAUGAGGCAGUCAGUAGGGGAAAGAUGGAUGUGAUCGAUGCCAUCAACGAAGCAGCAGCUCAGGUUGAUCUUGCAAGAACACAAGUUUCGUAGUCCUGUUAGUUCGUCCAAAGAAAAAAUGAUACCGAGCUCAAAAUUCUCCCCUCAUACGUAAUACUAAAUCCGUUGGUGAUUGAGAUCCCUUUUGAUGACCUACGUUGUUUUGAGGGGAUAUUGGAAUCAGUCGAUGCGUACAAGUAAAAUAGUUAUCAGAGACGAAGUUGCAGUAUAGGUUUUUGAAAUUCUGUAGUUUUGAUGUUAAGUUGUAUCUUACAAUUGACGAAGUUUUGUUAUGCAUUGCCGGAAAUUAUAAUGAAAAGUAGGUGAUUUUUAGUUAUAAA